AACAAACUUUUCUGUGGGACUGCCUGCUUCCCUUCCCACAUAGUGCUGUGUCUGAAGCACUGGACUAAAGGCGUUUGAGGGACUCCCACCUAUUUCUACCUGAAGCCAAGGCCCAAAAUCAUCUGUCGCCAUGUCGAGCAAGCGUGCCAAGGGGAAGACGACCAAGAAGCGCCCCCAGAGGGCCACCUCCAAUGUGUUCGCCAUGUUUGACCAGUCUCAGAUUCAGGAGUUCAAAGAAGCCUUCAACAUGAUUGACCAGAACAGGGACGGCUUCAUCGACAAGGAGGAUCUGCAUGACAUGCUGGCCUCUUUGGGUAAAAACCCGUCAGAUGAAUACCUGGAGGGCAUGAUGAGCGAAGCACCGGGACCCAUCAACUUCACCAUGUUUCUCACCAUGUUUGGAGAGAGGCUCAAUGGCACCGACCCAGAGGACGUCAUCCGCAACGCCUUCGCCUGCUUUGACGAGGAAGGGUCUGGUGUCAUCCACGAAGACCAUCUGAGGGAGCUGCUGACCACCAUGGGCGACCGCUUCACGGACGAAGAGGUGGAUGAGCUCUUCCGUGAGGCGCCCAUUGACAAGAAGGGCAACUUCAACUACGCAGAGUUCACCCGCAUCCUCAAACACGGCGCCAAAGACAAAGAUGACGAAUAGCGUACAACGGAGACGUGACCACACACCUGCCUCUGCACACAGAUCACCAUAUGUCCAUUUCCACAUUUAAGAAUACGUGUCAUUAUCAGUUUAUAAAUGAUGUGGAUUAGUUUGCUUAUGAAAUAUUCCCCAACAGUCUUCCUUGAAGGUUACCAUGAAGACCUGCAUCUCAUCUACUGAUAGCGUUGAGAUGCUAUUUACACCACCACAAUGUGUGCAUGCAGAGAGCUGAUUGGACAAUCAGUUGCAAAAUACCAGAAUAGUUUACCUCUUCCUGCCAUUUAGCUAGCACGGUUACAAAAUGCACUGCAAUCUUCCCCCACAAUACGUACAAUGUCACAUUUAAAUGGAUCGGGAAGUAGAUUGCUCAUAUUGUGUUUAUUCCUUUAUGACAGGGUCGGGGAACCUAUGCCCAUAAGGGGCCCGUGAAAGAAUUUUAAGCAAUUCUAAAAACAGAGGAACUGGUAUAAAAAAUAUUUGAACCACACAUGGUUAUGAUCUAUAGUCAAAAAUAGUUGCAUUUUUUCCAAACUAGAGUACAGAAACUGAUAUGGCCUCUGAUAGGAAAAAGUUCCUCCCCUGCUUUGUAUGCCAAUCGAAUGUUGGGUGUAAAGUACAGUAUGUAGGACUUGAUGGGGUGGGAUCUAAGAGUUUGUAGUUAAAGCUCUAAAGUCCCAUGCUGGUUGCAUGCAUUUGUUUGGUCAUGUGUAUUGUGAAACUGCAGGGUGAAAAUUUCUCCAAUGAAUAAACUAUGUUUAUCCAUG